AUGGGCGGAGGCGCGGCACCAACCAAAGAAACCAAAACUGUUAUCGUUCUUGGAGCCUCCUAUGGAGGUGCUCGUGCAGCCCAACUUCUGGCUGCUGAACUUCCAAAAGAGUGGAGAUUGAUACUUAUCGAUAGGAACUCGCACAUGAAUCAUGUAUACGUCAUGCCCAGAUUCGCAGUUCUUCCAGGGCACGAAUAUAAAGCGUUCAUUCCACUAACCAACGUCUUUCGCGACCAACCCCCAAACCCAAAGCACAUUAACCUCCAAGCUCACGUCACCUCCAUCCGACCAAGUUGCAUCUCCAUAACCCACCACGAUCUCACCAAGGAAACUAUCCCGUUCGACUACCUGAUAUACGCGCUCGGCUCGCACCUGCCCACGCCUCUCGACUUAUGGGGCUCCUCCUCAUCCUCUAUAUCCUCUAUUGAUGAAGCGCGGAAGAUCAGAGUCCUACACCCAAUGACGCCAACGGGGGUAAAGUACAACGGCCUCAAAGUCGAAGGUAUUGAAUGGAUGAAGGAGAAGCAGAGAAUAGUCGAAGAGGUGCCGAGUGUACUCAUCGUCGGGGGUGGUGCUUUGGGUAUACAAUUCGCGACGGACAUUAAAUCGGUGUACCCCUCCAAACAAGUCACGCUCCUUCAUUCUAGGAAACAGGUGUUGCCGAGGUUCGAUAUGGAGAUGCACUUAGAAGUGAUCAAGUCCAUGAAUGAACUAAACGUAGACGUCAUACUAGGCGAACGCCUCGACCUCGACUCUAUACCCUCCGAAGCGGAUUUAACAAAACCUACGAUCGUCCGUACCGUAACAGGGCGUGAAAUUUCCGCGGACUUGUUGCUGCUAUGCACAGGGCAAGUACCCAACACGUCAAUGCUCCAAACCAUGGACCCGGGCGUUAUAAACCCGGAUAAUAAGCUCGCGAGGGUGUUGAAGACCAUGCAAUUAUCCCGUCCUUCCACAACUUCAACUUCAAAGCCUCAGAAUGAUAAAUCCGAUUUGGAAGUAGUGUUGGGGAACUUGAAGAUCGGGAUUUCAACAAACGACAACACACCAGCCAAAGACGUGGUAGUACCCGAAGAAACGGUAGACUUAGAAAAACAUACCCCAUACCCACACAUAUUCGUCACUGGCGAUGCAGCAGACGCGUUUGGUGCGAUCCCUGCGGGGCAUAACGCUUAUGCUCAGACGGAGGUAGCUGCGCGGAACAUCAUUCGACUCAUCAACUCCGAGCCAAAGGAGAUACUAGAACUAGAGCGUUAUACACCCAAACCACCAGCUAUCAAAGUCUCCCUUGGUCUGAACAAAUUCGUAUACCAGAUAGGCGACAAAGUAGGAACGAUGGUUGGCGAUAACGCAGACCUGAACGUUGCCUCUAUGUGGCCACUUUUUGGGAUAACGGUUGAGAAGGAUGAGGAUAUGAGGGCGUGA